AUGGCCGAACAAGUGCUUGUGAUUGGCAGUGGAGGGAGAGAGCACGCGCUGGCCUGGAAGUUGGCCCAGUCCCCACAUGUAAAACAUGUAUUUGUUGCUCCAGGAAAUGCAGGAACAGCGGACAAUGGAAAAAUUUCAAAUUCAGCUGUUUCAGUCAGCAAUCAUGCUGCGCUCGCCCAGUUCUGCAGAGAUCAGGAGAUCAGGCUGGUGGUGGUUGGUCCAGAGGUUCCUCUUGCUGCUGGAAUUGUUGAUGACUUGACAGCAGCUGGAAUAAGGUGUUUUGGUCCAACAGCAAAGGCAGCUCAGCUGGAGUCCAGCAAGAGCUUUACCAAAGCCUUUUUGGACCGUCAUGAGAUCCCAACUGCGCGAUGGAAAUCUUUCACUGAUCCUAAAGCAGCAUGUAGCUUUAUUAACAGUGCAAACUUCCCUGCUUUAGUUGUAAAAGCUAGUGGCCUGGCAGCUGGCAAAGGAGUAAUUGUGGCUUCAAACAAGGAAGAAGCCUGCAAAGCUGUUACUGAAAUCAUGCAGGAUAAGACUUUUGGCACAGCUGGGGAAACUGUUGUUGUUGAAGAACUUCUUGAAGGAGAAGAAGUUUCUUGCUUAUGUUUCUCUGAUGGCAUCACAAUUGCACCCAUGCCCCCAGCCCAGGACCACAAGCGAUUAAUGGAUGGAGAUGAAGGCCCGAACACCGGAGGGAUGGGAGCUUAUUCCCCAGCGCCUCAGAUUUCUAAAGAUUUACUGCAGAAAAUAAGAGAUAAUAUUCUUCAGAAAACUGUUGAUGGCAUGAGGAAAGAAGGUGUCCCCUAUUUUGGCGUGCUUUAUGCUGGAUUAAUGCUUACCAAAGAUGGACCUAAAGUUCUCGAGUUUAACUGCAGGUUUGGUGACCCAGAGUGCCAGGUAAUUCUUCCGCUGUUGAAAAGUGAUUUGUAUGAAGUCAUGCAAGCGGUUAUCAAUAAAAAGUUGUCUAGUUCCAUGCCAGUUUGGUUUGAAGACAGCACAGCCGUGACAGUGGUCAUGGCGAGUGAAGGGUAUCCAGGAACGUAUCCCAAGGGUUUGGAAAUAACAGGACUGUCGAAGGCUAAGCAGCUAGGACUGGAGGUGUUCCAUGCAGGCACAGCCCUGAAGGAUGGCAAAGUGGUGACUAGCGGAGGAAGAGUCCUUACAGUGACUGCUAUUAAAGAGGAUCUCAUGACAGCACUGCAAGAAGCCAACAAGGGAGUAGCAGCCAUACACUUCAAGGGUGCCAUUUAUAGAAAGGACAUUGGUUAUCGGGCUAUAGCUUUCCUGAGACAAUCCAGGUAGAUACUUGAAAUACUUGAAAUGGAAAUAACUGGUGUAAAAGGGACUUAAAGACAUCACUAGUUUACAUUAAUAAGCUGAUGUUGCUAUUACGUAUAACUCUGGACAAGUUUUAGCUACCAUCGUUGUAGGCCAGACCAGCCGAGGAAGGAACAGGCU